AUGAACAAGGAGAAGCAUCACAGGAACGAGCACCUCCUCCGGCGCUGCUGCGGCGGCUUCGCGGCGUGCCUCCUGGCGCUGGUCGUCGUCGUCGCAUUCAUCGCGCUCGUCGUCUACCUUGCGCUCCGCCCGACCAAGCCUUCCUUCUACUUGCAGGACCUGCAGCUCCACUCCAUCAACCUCGGGGACCCCUCCCUUUCUGCCACCGCGCAGGUCACGCUCGCCUCCCGCAACCCCAAUGACCGCGUCGGCAUCUUCUACAGGCGCCUCGACGUCUUCGUCACCUACCGCGACGAGCCCGUCACCGUGCCGAUCUCCCUGCCGCCCAUGUACCAGGGCCACCGGGACGUCACCAUUUGGUCCCCCGUGCUGUCCGGGGAGUCCGUGCCCGUGGCCGGAUACGUCGCCGAGGCAAUGAAGCAGGACAUCGCCUCCGGGUACGUGUCGCUGCAGGUCAAGAUCGACGGCCGCGUCAAGUGGAAGGUCGGGACCUGGGUCUCCGGCAGCUACCACCUCUUCGUCAGCUGCCCCGCCAUGCUCGCCGCCGGCCCCGGCGGCAUGCCGCUCGGGGGUGGCCCCAACGGCACCGGGGGCGCCGUCGCGUCACUGAAAUUCACGCAGCCGACAGGGUGCACCGUCGGGACGUGA